CAAGCCCAUAGUGGCAACAAUGAGGUGGGAAUGUGUGUGGUUGUCUUUUCUUGCUUUGUCUGUUGCCAGUGUCAUCGAUGUCCAAGCCAGACUGGUUCACAACCAUGUCAGCAGCAUCUGCAGCACAUGGGGCAGAGAGCACUUCAAGACAUUUGAUGGUGAUAUAUACCAGUUCCCUGGCAUGUGUGAAUACAACUUGGUAUCAGACUGCCACGAGUCCUACCAGGAGUUCUCAGUGCACAUGAAGAAGACGGAGAAUGAUGGAAACCCCACAGUGGGUUACGUGGUGAUCACCAUCGCUGACCUGUCAUUCAAACUCACUAAGAAUCUGGUCACUGUCAACAGCCUCCCUAUCAAAAUGCCAUACUACAAUGCAGGGGUACAAGUGGAAAAAAAUGCCAUUUACAUCAAGCUCCAGUCUAAAGUUGGCAUCACUGUCAUGUGGAACCGAGAUGAUGCAGUCACGGUUGAACUGGAUCACGACUAUUUUAACCGUACUUGUGGACUUUGUGGAGACUACAAUGGUGUCUCUGUCUACAAUGAGUUCAUUCAUUAUGAUCGCAAAAUUAGCCCCAUUGAGUUUGGCAACAAACAUAAAAUUCAUCGUCCAAAUGAGGAUUGUGAGGACCCCUAUGAAGAGGAAGAUGAAUCACGUGAGGCUCGGUCUGUGCCGGAUUCAUGCAAGGAGUUUCAAACCAUCUGUGACCAGAGGCUGCGUUCAGAGUCCUGGAGCUCCUGCACUGAACUGGUUAACCCUGAGUCUUAUAUUGAGGCCUGUGUGCAGGACAUGUGUAGCUGCGACAACAGCACAAGCGAUUUCUGUCUCUGCAGGACACUGUCUGAGUUCUCUCGACAGUGUUCUCACGCUGGAGGGCACCCUCCCAACUGGAGGACACCUCAGUUCUGUGCAAUACAAUGCCCAUUCAACAUGGUUUAUGAAGAGACUGGCUCCCCAUGCAUGGAAACAUGUACACAUCUAGACACAGGUUCACUGUGUGAGGACCACAAACUGGACGGCUGCUUCUGUCCUCCUGGGACUGUGCUUGAUGAUAUUUCCAAGAGAGGGUGCAUCAAUCAGUCUGAAUGUCAGUGCAAACAUGACAAAAUCUAUAACCCUGGUGAGGUUUAUCGACAGGACACAGAGGAAUGUACAUGUUUUGAGGGUAAAUGGUAUUGUGAGAGUCUUGAAACACCGGCUACAUGCGCAGUUGAAGAGGGGUCACAUGUAACUACCUUUGAUGGGAAAACAUACACCUUCCACGGAGACUGUUACUACACCCUAGCCAAAGUGGACAGCAGGGAUGAUGCAAGUCCAAAGUUUACAAUCCAGGUUCAGUUGGUGCCAUGUGCAAAUCAGAAGUUUGACACUUGUCUUAAAACCCUUAAAAUCAUUCUGAACAAUGACAAAAACAAUGUAUUAAUGUUCACUUCUGAAGGCACAGUAAAGCAAAAUAUGCAGACCAUCGGUUUGCCAUAUCAGUCAGGUGGCAUCAACAUAUUCCACGCUUCAUCUUUUCACAUCCUGCUGCAGACCACUUUUGGGUUGCAAAUUCAGAUCCAGCAUGUGCCUGUCAUGCAAGUGUAUGUCAGUCUAGAGCAGAGCUACAGAACAAAGACACGUGGUUUAUGUGGGAACUUCAAUAUGGCCCUGUCUGAUGACAUGAAGUCUCCUCAGGGGAUUGUUGAGGGAACGCCAGCAACUUUUUGUAACUCCUGGAAAGUUAACCCCACGUGUGGAGACAGAGAGGAAAGACUUGAUGACCCCUGUUCCCUCAGUGUGGAAAAUGAGAAUUAUGCCAGACAUUGGUGUGCCUUGCUACUAAAUCCAAACAGCACUUUUGGACAGUGUCACUCAGUGGUGGAUCCUGAGAUGUACCACAAGCGAUGUACCUAUGCCAGCUGUAAUUGUGAGAAGAGCGAGGCCUGCCUGUGUGCUGUAUUGUCCUCCUACGCACGGGCUUGUGCAUCAAAAGGAGUGUUCUUGACAGGCUGGAGAGAGAACGUGUGUGAUAAAUACUCAAAGAGCUGCCCAGCAUCUCAGACCUUCUCAUACAAGCAUCAGAGAUGCCAGCUGACUUGCAAGUCGCUGGGCUCCACACAGCAGAGUUGCAGCUCUGACUUCCUGCCUGUGGAUGGCUGCUCCUGCUCUGAGGGUUCCUACCUGAAUGAAAAUGGAGUCUGUGUCCCCAUGGCCAAAUGUUCCUGCUACCAUAACGAAGUCUACAUUAAGGCAGGAAAGUCUAUCAGCAUCAAAGACGACCACUGCGUGUGCACCAAUGGAGAUCUUCAUUGCCAUUCUUGGAGAUUCCGCUCAUCAACCUGUCCCAUUCCAAAAGAAUACUUCAACUGCUCCACUGCAAGCACAGGGGAACUUGGAGUGCAAUGUGCUCGAACAUGUUUAAAUCUGGACAACGAUGAUUGUGACUCCACCGAGUGUGAAUCUGGCUGUCAGUGUCCAAACGGCCUUCUUGAUGAUGGCAAAGGUUCCUGUGUGACAGAGAAUGACUGUCCAUGCAAGCAUGAUGGGUACCUUUAUGCCCCUGGAGCACAAAUCCCCAACGAAUGCAACACCUGUACCUGCAAAAGUGGAAAAUGGAAGUGCACACACAAGAAAUGCCCAGGAACUUGCAUUAUUUAUGGGAGUGGUCACUACAAUACAUUUGAUAAGAAAACAUAUGGGUUUCAAGGAGAUUGCGCCUUUGUUGCUGUCAAGAACAAAUGUGGCAAUAAAACAGUACAGGACAACUUUGGAGUCAUCACGGAAAAUGUACCAUGUGGAUCUACCGGCACAACUUGCUCUAAAACUGUCAGAAUCCAACUAGGGCGAAAGGAAAUCAAACUAUCAAAGGGUAAAUAUGAAGAGCAGGACCUGGUAAAUGGCACUCUGAUUCAGUACGAAAUAAGGGAAGUUGGCAUGUAUCUGGUGAUAGAAUCAGCCAUUGGUCUGGCAGUGAUUUGGGAUCGCAAAACUGCUGUUCGCAUACUCCUGGAACCAGAGCACAGCGGAGAGGUAUGUGGUCUGUGUGGCAACUUUGAUGGUGAUGGACAGAACGACUUCACCACCAAGGGUCAGCUAGUAGUGAGCAAUGUAUUAGAAUUUGCAAACAGCUGGAAAGUGUCAAGCGGCUGCCCAGAUUUGGAAACAAAUGUUGAUCCUUGUGGAGCAAGACCCCAUCGACAUCACUGGGCGAAACUGAUGUGCAGCAUUAUAACUGGAGAGACUUUCAAAGCCUGCCACAAUACGGUUGAUUCCCGUCCAUUUUAUGAAAAUUGUGUGAAAGACUCAUGUGCCUGCGACUCUGGAGGAGACUGUGAGUGUUUCUGCACAGCAGUUGCAGCUUAUGCUCAGGCUUGUAAUGAGGCUGGUGUCUGUGUUGCAUGGAGAACUCCGGACAUAUGUCCUGUCUUUUGUGAUUACCACAACAACCCAGGUGAAUGCAACUGGCACUACAGCCCUUGUCACACACCCUGCUAUAAGACCUGUUUAAAUCCACAAGGAAAUUGUAGCAACCCUAUACCCAACUUGGAAGGGUGUUACCCAUUAUGCCCGCCAGAUAAGCCCAUAUUUGAUGAGGUUACCAAGGAGUGUGUGGAGGAAUGUGCCGGCACGACAACUUUACCCCCGUCUUCCACAACCACAGAAUUAACAACAACAACAACGGAAUCCACUACUUCAACUGAGAAGCCAACUACACCUACAACCGAAAAAACAACCACAAUUACCAAGCCAACUACAACUAAAGGACCAAUCACAACCACAACUGAAGCACCAACCACAACUACAACUGAAGCACCAACCACAACUACAACAUCUACAAAACCACCAACUGAACCCACUACUCCAACUGAGAAGCCAACUACACCUACAACCGAAAAAACAACCACAACUACCAAGUCGACAGCACCACCAACUGAACCCACGACUUCAACUGAGAAGCCAACUGCAACUACAACUAAAGGACCAACUGCAACCACAACUGAAGCACCAACCACAACUACAACAUCUACAAAACCACCAACUGAACCCACUACUCCAACUGAGAAGCCAACUACACCUACAACUGAAAAAACAACCACAACUACCAAGUCGACAGCACCACCAACUGAACCCACUACUUCAACUGAGAAGCCAACUACAGCUGAAGCACCAACCACAACCACAUCUACAAAACCACCAACCGAAUCCACUACUCCAACUGAGAAGCCAACUACACCUACAACCGAAAAAACAACCACAACUACCAAGUCGACAGCACCAUCAACUGAACCCUCUACUCCAACUGAGAGGCCAACUACAACUAAAGGACCAACCACAACCACAACUGAAGCACCAACCACAACCACAACAUCUACAAAACCACCAAUUGAACCCACUACUCCAACUGAGAAGCCAACUACACCUACAACUGAAAAAACAACCACAACUACCAAGUCAACAGCACCA